AGUUCUGCUGCUUGAAUGCCCUCAUUUUUGACCUUGGUUUUAAAUGUUUCAUUCUGUUUGCAGGCUGGCAGUGAUGGUGAGAGCAUCGGAAACUGCCCCUUCUCACAGAGGCUCUUCAUGAUCCUUUGGCUCAAAGGAGUUGUGUUUAGCGUCACAACCGUCGAUCUGAAAAGGAAGCCUGCAGAUCUGCAGAACUUGGCUCCCGGGACCCACCCACCAUUUAUAACCUUCAACAGCGAGGUCAAGACGGAUGUAAAUAAGAUUGAGGAAUUUCUUGAAGAAGUCUUGUGCCCCCCCAAGUACUUAAAGCUGUCACCAAAACACCCGGAGUCAAACACUGCUGGAAUGGACAUCUUUGCCAAAUUCUCUGCUUACAUCAAGAACUCGAGGCCAGAGGCUAACGAAGCACUGGAGAGGGGGCUCCUGAAGACACUGCAGAAACUGGACGAGUACCUGAACUCUCCCCUUCCUGAUGAGAUUGACGAGAACAGCAUGGAGGACAUCAAGUUCAGCACCAGGAGAUUCCUGGAUGGUGACGAGAUGACACUAGCCGACUGCAACCUGCUGCCCAAGCUACACAUUGUCAAGGUGGUGGCCAAAAAAUACCGCAACUUCGAUAUUCCCAAAGAAAUGACGGGCAUCUGGAGGUACCUGACAAAUGCCUACAGCAGGGAUGAGUUCACCAACACCUGUCCCAGCGACAAGGAGGUGGAAAUCGCUUACAGUGAUGUCGCCAAGAGACUUGCCAAGUAGACAGCACUUUUGAGAGAGAUGCCUUCAGAUUCCCCCAAAAUACGCUUUCCUAACAGACUGCUCUGCCUCCUCUAAAGUAGAAGUGUAUUUUGCAUGAACAUGCAGUUACUCAAGACUAGGAUUAAAGCUAGACAAAGUGUAGUAGCUAUCUCCAGUACACACUCCUAAGCAGUAUUAUUCUAAAGUUCUCUGCCCAGCCCUGCCCACCUGCCCUGCCCGUCGGAGGUACUCCGCCACAAGCUCGUCACAUGAGAGGCAGUUUGCCAUCAGUCUGGAGCACCGACCUUCAUGUCCAUUCACUGCGUGUAGAUGACAGAAUUUGAGGUGCAAUGUUCAACCAUUAGAAUAGUAGCCAUGACAUCAGUGGCCCUUCUCGCUGGUGUACAAUGCAUGGUACAAAGAAUAUUUAUGUAUGGGGGAGAGUUGUAAUAUUGAAUAGCGAAUAUGGAAGGAUUGCUACUGUGUUGGACAUCCUGUCUCAGUGUAGACUGUGCUGGAGUGUGCUGAAGGGCCUUGCUGUCUGGGAAGACCACCUUCCAUAGAGAGAUUGCUGGUUUCUUGGUAGAUACUUAAUUUUACCUAAAAUGUGUCAUUUAUAUAAAUUGUACCAUCUGAUACUAUGUAGAGACUGAGAGACUGAGCGCUGGGAAGGCUUUCUCAGUGAUAAGAUGGGUGGUUCUCUCUUCUGUUAUCUGCCCUGUGGGUUUCACCCAGGACCAUGCUUACAUUUGCAACAGUAUUGCUGCCUUCAUUGUAACAGGUUCUCUCUCUCUCUCUCUCUCUCUCUCUCUCUCUCUCUGUCUGUCUCUCUGUCUCUCUCUCUCUCUUUCUCUCUCUCUCUCUCUCUCAUUGUGCUUGGGGAUGGAACCCAGGGCUUUGUGCAGGCCUGACAGGGCUCUGUCCCUGAGCCCCACCAAGCCCCACCUCCCUCUUGUAAAAAGCUCCUUUUUUGGGUGACCGUGUAUCUUCCUGUCUUUGACCAAUACUGCUUAGUCUGAUGCUUAGCUGCCGCAGCUUGGGACUAGCAUGUGAACCACUCAGAAGUUAAUGGGGUUCAGGGUGAGUUUAUUGAAGUGUCAAGUACACUUAACUCCUAAAGCAGGGUCUCUGGGGAACGGGGUGAAGAAUACAUCAUCUGGCCCAUCUUAAACUCCCAUGAAGCACAGGUCACAUGCUCCCAUCCCACCUCCAUUUGCAUUAAACCAAGUGGGAGGUCCUUCACGUAUCUUGGGAUAGAUACAUUGUGGUUGUCAUAGUUAGUGUGGAUUUCCCACAGUUUUGCCUUGCCACACCAAGGACUAGUACUCUGUUCUUUCUUGCCUUUGUUCUGAGAUGAGAUGUUACUCUGAAGCCCUGGUUGGCCUGGGACUUGAGAGGUGAGCCGAGUUGGCCCUCCAAGUUGUGGCAAUCUUCCUGCAUUUUCCUCCCGAAUGCUGGGAUUAUGAACCUGCACCAUUACAUCUGGCUUGUUUUCUCAUUUUUUAAACAAAGUCUAAGAUGAAAGUUAUUUGUAGUCUAACAAGGGAGAAUGAGUUUGGAAAAGGAGAGAUUUGCUGUGUAUUUACUCUCCCCAUCCCACCCAAACAAAGUACCCCAGAGCCUGGUUGUGACUCUGUUAUAUUUUUGGUGAUUUUUUUUUUAAAUGUAACUUGUUGAAGAAGUGCUGUUUCUCACAGGUGUUCCGUCCCACAGUGCACCGCUUUAAGGUGGCCUGCUUUCCCUGUUGGUGUGCAGACAGUAAAUAAAUAAAAGUCGGCUCUGCGGAAGCGUUCUGACUCAUAAGCAGCCCCUUUUCAAACUGAUCAGGAAUUCGCUUAGCACAGGGACAAGCUUUACAGCGCACCCCUGUGGCUCAGGGAGAGGCCUUGGCCAUGGCUUCACCCUUAUUGCUGAUCAGGGUGUGAGCACCCACCACUGCAGACACAGGGUGGUGAUGUCUGGUUCAGGGCGGGGCGGGGGGCGACACUAUCUUUUCUCCUUUGAGAAAUGGUCCUGCAGUGUCUCCAUGGGCAGAAGUGUCCCAACUUUACGGAGUGACAGCUUGUUUUUGGGUGGGGUUGCAUCUUUCAUGAGGAAGAUUCUAGAGAACGAAUGCCUCUUCUUUCUGUAAGUGGACGGAGUGAGGGAGGGCUCACACCAGAGGCUGUGGCUGACGUGCGCACCCUUGGGUGUUUCUUCUCCAUGGCUUCCUAAUUUGCCUCCUGGUUGCUCUUGCUGUCUCUAGUUGUCCAUCCAAGGAAGGGAAGCCUGCCUUGGUUUUGACAAAGGCAGAGUUGUUUUUCUUUGUAGAGCCAGUUUUAUAUGAAGAAAGUUAAACAAAUUUGAGUUUGACAAAUGAACAGAAGCUGUAAGGAGGAAGGCCCACAGCAAGCACCCACUGCGCCAUCUGUGCAAAGAUCAUGGCUAAAGCCUUUGAGGUUUGAGAUGCUGAAAUGUGACCGUUUCCAUGCAGUCGGUGCAGUGUGGGGGCUGAAUCCAGGAGCCACCUAAUCUCACGUGGUGACUUUGCUUACAAGCUUUCACCUCCAAGCUGGGAUUCUGAGUGGAGUCUCCCUGCUCCUCAGUGGAUACUGAGGAACUGUUGUAAUUACUAUAACUUCCUUUGUUCUCUAGCUACGGAUCUUGAGUACAAUGCAAAUAAGAUUUUUCUCUUAAUAUUAGCUUUCAUAGCUCUGAAGUAUUGGGCAAUUUGCAUACCAUUAAGAGAUUGAGGGGUUUGUACACUCGGUGGGUCAGCGCUAGGACUUAGGCUUUUGUCCUUCAACUGAGUCUUCUGGGACCUCGCCAGAGGCACAUGUAGGUAGAUUUUAUGUCUUCAUCUACAAAGUAAAAGUGAGGGGAAGUAGAAAGUAUUUUUUAGUGAAGGUUUUGGUUUACACCUUCUCAAGCUGUAAAGGACUCACCAGUUUCUUUGGCUACAGUAAUCACCAUUUGGUUCAGAGAGCGAGAGAGAGAGAGCGAGAGCAUUUGUUAGAAACUCACAGUGGACCUCUAAAGGUCCAUCUUUACAAUUAUCGGGGGGGCAACUAAAAUUAUUUUAUUUUGGAAAAAAAUUAAGUCCCAAACCAUAAUGCUGAACAGGAUUGGGGUAUUUCUUUGUAGAGCUCCUGGGGGUAGGAAUGAAAGCUCAUUUCAGAAUGCUUGCCUUUUCUUCUCUCUGGAACAUCAACACCAGUACAUUGCUGGCAGCUAUUGUAUUAAGAAAAAGUAAAUAAAUAUAUUUUCACUACCAAA